AUGUACAUCAAUUUUGGUAUGAGGGAUGAUGCACUUAAACUACUUUGCAAGAUGCAAUAUAGAGAUAAUGUCUCAUGGAAUUCAAAUAUAGCAGGUUACUCUCAGUGUGGGCUUGCUGAGGAAGCUAUGAAAUUAUAUUCCCAGAUGUUGCUUCAUCCUGUCAGGCAUGAUCAUUACACAUUCUCUAGUGUUCUCCGAUGUUGUGCUAAGCCAGCAACAUUACAAUGGGGCAAACAGAUUCAUGUUUCAAUCAUCAAGCUUGGUUUCAAAGCACAUAUGUUUGUUGGUAGUGCACUGAUUUACAUGUACUCUAGGUGUGGUAUCAUAGAAAAUGCUUCAAGGGCGUUUGAUGAAGCUUCAAAAAGUGGUCCAGUUACAUGGAAUUCAAUUAUAUUUUCUUAUGCACAACAUGGACAAGGUGAAUCUGCAAUUGAUGCCUUUAAAUUAAUGCAGGAAGUAGGCAUAAAGCCAGAUCACAUCACCUUUGUUGGUAUUCUAUCUGCAUGCAGUCAUGUUGGUUUGGUUGAAGAAGGAUCAUACUACUUCAUGUCUAUGGAUGCUAAGUAUGGUAUUAAACCUCGGAUGGAACUUUUUGCAUGUGCAAUCGAUCUUUUUGGUCGUGCUGGGCUGCUGGAGAGAUCAAAAUUAGUCAUUGAUUUGAUGCCAUUUAAGCCUAAUGCAAUGAUAUGGAAGACCUUGCUUGGCGUAUGCAGGGCUCAUCAAGAUAUAGAUUUUGCCAAAAAUGCAGCAAGUUUCUUACUAGAAUUAGAGCCCAAUGAGGAUGCAACAUACAUCCUCCUUUCAAAUGUGUUUGCUCUUCAUGGUGAAUGGGAUGAACUAGCACAAUUGAAAAGGGUGAUGAGGGAGAAAGGCCUAAAGAAGAUGGCUGGAUGCAGCUGGGUGGAGGUGAAAAACGUAGUGCAUACAUUUAAUGCUGAAGACCGCUCACAUCCUCAUGCGAAAGAGAUAUAUGAGAAGCUUAAGGUAUUAAUGAAGCAGAUCAAGGGGAUGAGUUAUGUUCCUGAUACUGAGUUUGUGUUGCAUAAUCUGGAUGAAGAGACUAAAGAGCAUCAUCUUUUUUACCACAGUGAGAAACUCGCUGUGGUGUUCGCAAUAAUGACUGUUCCAAAAGGGGUUACAAUUAGGAUAAUGAAGAAUCUUCGUACUUGUGGGGAUUGCCAUACAGCUUUCAAGUUCAUAAGCAAAGCAAUUGACAGAGAGAUAGUAAUGAAAGAUGCAAAUCGCUUUCACCAUUUUGAAAGUGGCACUUGUUCUUGA